AUGAUUGGUAAACCGGCAUUCCUAAUCCAGUUUUUGUCAGUCAUUGCAUUCGUUGUAGACAAUAUCGAUUCCGAAAACAGCCAAGAUGUUCGUGAUACCAGUAAACAUGCCAGCAAAUUAUCUGCAGUAUUAGAAGUGGAGCGUAUGAGUUAUAGACGAAAACGAUUCUUGAAUGGAUCCGGACUGAAAAUUAAUCCUCUUUCUCUUUCUCAGAAGUUUCGUACUGAAGCGAAUUCCACCAAUGCUAAUCGUUUCACAUUAGAUGUUGUUACUGAUCAGCUGGUGAUUUUCGAACGAGACGAGAUGAAUCAAAUAGGAUCACCCGAAGUGUCACGCGUAUCAUGCGAGGUACUACGAAAUGGGAUUCUUUUGCAAAAUGUAGUCUUCAUUCUUCUAACAGGAUUCCUUCUAACUAUCAUUUUCAUUCAGCAACUUUGUUACAGUAAACGCAUGAUCAAAUGUGGUCUUGUUUCAAGUUCUGAAAGGAAUGCUGAGAGUGACAAAUUUGAGGGGGUUCUAUAG